GAAAAUUAUACCGUUGGCAAUAGAUUUAAAAAAAUGUAGGAAGACAAGCGUUUCAUGAAACGCGGAAAAAUAAUAGUACUUCUCUUGAAAUGCACAGAACGCGGUGAUAGUAAUUGUUUGACAUUAAUGUGGCGCAGACUUUUCUAAAAUGAGUAAUUUUCACUCUCCUAUGAAGUGUAUAUCUCCGAACGCAAGAGUUUUAACACCCAAGCCACAAGUAGAGCAGCUACUGGAUUUAAGACAAACGCAAACCAAAGCUCGUAACAGUAUCACAUGGUUCUUCAUCAAUGGCGUAUUGUUUAGUAUUGUAGUAUUUGAUAUAGUAUACGGUGGACCUGCCUAUAAGCCAGUUUACUGGAUCGAGUGGUGUUUAGCAUCGAUAUUUGCUCUAAAUGCUUUCUAUCAUAUUAUACGAUAUAUAUGGGCUACCUUAAGCUUGAAGCCAAUCUCACUCAGUUCCAAACAAAGGCCACUCUUAGGAGUCACAGAGGAUGAUCCUCUGUUCAAGACCGAAGUGCCUCAGAAGCAGAAAACUCCAGAGCCAAGCCCCUCGUUGAAUUUGUCCUGCAUAAAUCUUAGUAGACGCACAACGCCUCUUGGAUCUUCAGUUCUGAGCGAAAUUAGUAUGCAAAAGGAUUGUUCGUCGUUUCUUAAAUAUUCUAGUCCUUCCUCUCCCAAAUCAGCUAUAUGCUCUAAUGGAUUGUUUAAAUCCUCAAACAUUUCUUCAAACAGUAGCUUAACAAACGAGGAUCUUAUUCAAGAUGAAGACGAAUUAGAGAGUUAUCUCAAAGAAAUUGAACAGCAAAGAAAGUCUGUAUUAUCCACAAAGGUUGAUCAACCUUCCAAUCUCUUGAGUUCCUUCUGGUCUCAUCCUGCCACUCGAACACCUGGUGAAGUAUCACCACUAUUAAGAAGAUGCGCUUAUCAGCUUGCACCUACUAUUGAUAAAACAAAAGCAGCUAGUCCUGGUACUGAAGAAGGAAGUUCUCCAAGAGGCACAUUUGGAGCAUUGGAUGUGUGGAGAAAAUACAGAAUUGAUUUAAAUAAAGUUAAUGAAUGGACUGCCAACCUUCGCAUGUGGAUUAGCAAAACAGUUGUCGAACGUGUGGCUUUGGAGAUAGACAAUAUAUGCACAGCAUUGGUACGUCAUGGUUUGAGCGAUUCGCAGCCGGGCCACGUGGGGCUUGAUAGACUUAGAAAACUCGCGCAAGCACCAUUUCUCGUUUCCGCGAUUCCUACACUGCCCACAUUGGUUCCUUUUUUGGAACUUUCUAACAAUCAGGAGUAUCUCGUAAAACGAAUAAAAAUACUCGCGAAGGGAGGCUCCAUGAGCGAAUUUAAAUGGAACAGUGGCGGAUCUCACAAUGGCAAGGAAUGGGAUUCCAGUUUGCCAACCGAUUCCGCGAUAAUAAUGCACUUAAUUUCGACUUAUAUGGACACGCAAUUAGAGGCGCCCUUGGAUCAGCCGGAUGCUAGACCGUUUACGUCGAGAUAUAUGGCCAGAUCUGGCAUGGAGCUACCGCGAAAUAAGGGCCCGAUAAUAGUUUGCCAAUCCGCGAAUCCGCCGCACUAUAGUUUGGCAUUGUCCGGCGACUCUCUCCCGAGCGAUUACGAAGAAUUACAACGGGGACGCAAUAAUUUGUUCCACACGCUUUUACUCUUCUUAUACAUAGUUAAAACACGAGAUCACGGCAUGUUGGGACGAGUUAAUGCAGGAUCAUCUGGAAUUAAUAUUCUAUGGGUGAUAGAUGGUUGAGAUUAAGCAAUUUUUUUUAUUUGCUGUGUAAUAAAAUUGCAAAAAAGAAAGGUAAAAGGAUAUUGAUUAUCAUAAAAAGAUAUUGUGUAUCAUUAGGGCAUUUAUUUGACUUGUAUAACAUUUUGAUGACUGUAAUAUUUUAUAUUUUUUCUAUGUAUAUUAUGUCGGUUUAACAAUUAAUAAAAUAAAUCUGAAACAUUUAUACCCAAAAGAAAA